AGUCAGGCAACGCCACCUCACCUCAUUGCAUUCCUGUCAAGCACGGCCCUAGCUGUUCUUCUUGCUCCCAGGCCAAGCUCUUCAUCCCCACCCCCAUAUACCUAUUCCAUUGAUCCAAAUGCCAGUUUUCCAGAACAGAAAGCUAGGCUACCACCUAUCGCGAGGCUGAUUCUUGAUAGACUUGCGAGCUGCUACUAUGACGAGAUUCAAGUCCUCAGUGCUUGCUACUACCCAAGAAUCCAUGGACCGGCGAAGUACAUCGCUGGUUCUAUGGCUUGCAGUUUCAGGCAUCUUGCUCCUCCACGCGGUUGCGUUAGACUCCCCAGUUCCAGACACCUCAGCCACCGGACCCAAUUGCAAGGAUACUAAUCAAACGUCCGUGCUUCAACAGAUGAACUGGAGUAGCGGGUACCAUUGCGACCCAACGGGCGUCGUCGACAGCAUAAACCUGAGCAGUCAAAGGCUGAGCGGAAGCAUCCCGGAAAAUCUGAGUUUGAUAACCACCCUCACGAGUCUCGACCUCCAUAACAACAGUUUCAGUGGUAGCAUCCCUUCCUUCUUCAGCAAUCUCACCGCCCUCAAGAUCCUGGACCUCCGCAACAACAACUUCAACUCAACUGUCCCGUCUCUGGAAGGCCUGACAGAUCUUAUGCGCCUGGCAUUGGCAUUCAAUAAUCUCUCAGGGCCCAUACCAGUCAACCUCUCCCUGAAGCUCGAGCUGUUGGGCUUAGGUAACAACAGCUUCGAUCAGCCCAUUCCAACAGGAAUAGGGCGGUUGACGAGCCUCACCUUCCUGAACUUGAGGUCGAACCAGAUAGUUGGGGAGAUCCCGUCCAGCAUGGGCCAACUAGUCAACCUCACGCAGAUUGACCUCUCCAACAACCAGCUCUCAGGAUCCAUCCCACCAGAGAUUGCCAAUGCCACCAGCCUCUCGCGCCUGAACUUGAGCUCCAACCUCUUGACUGGGAACAUUCCAUCUAACAUGAGCCAACUCGUUAAGCUUGAGGAUUUGAACUUGAGCUCAAACAAGAUAGAUGGGAGCAUCCCGUCCAGCAUAGGCCAGCUCGUCCGCCUCACGCAUUUGAACAUGAGCUCCAACCUUCUGAUUGGGAGCAUUCCACCUACCAUGAGCCAACUCGUUAAGCUCGAGAACCUGGACCUCUCCAACAACAAGCUCGAAGAACCCAUCCCACCAGAGAUUGCUAAUGCCACCAGCCUCUCGUACCUCCUUUUGCAAUACAACUCUCUUGACGGCACCAUCCCGAGAAGCAUCAGCGAACUUAAGAAGCUAGAAAAACUGGACCUGUCACACAACCAGCUAGUAGACUCCAUCCCAGCUGACCUUUCCAGAGUCACGAGCCUCUCGUACCUGGACCUCUCCAACAACCAGCUCGCAGGGACCAUCCCAUCCGAGAUUUCCAAACUAACAGACCUUUCCUACCUGGAUCUGGUGGGCAACAACAUAAUUGUAGGCAUUCCAAGCAGCAUGAGCAAGCUUGUCAACCUCGUGGAAUUCUUACUCCCAGAUAGCUUCUGUGCAUCCGAGCCAGUUAAUGGAUGCCAAAUCUCCAACAAAACAUGCCGAUGCAAUGCCUCUGCUGUCGCCCCACCAUCGAAUUCUCCCCCAUCAGCCGCACCUCCAUCUGCCGCACCUCCAUCUGCCGCCCCUCCAUCGAGCGCGGCCCCGUCUGAGGCCCUCCCAUCCUCCUCCCUCUCCUCGGCGGCCAUUGCUGGCAUUGCCAUUGGUACUGCAUGCGUUGUGGCUGCGCUGGUUGCUGUGCUGCUCGUGGCCUGGCGCUACUGCGGCAACGCCCAUCCCAUGGUGGCCCUGCGUGCAUCCACCCCCGGGGCGGCGUUCAGGGAGUUCACGCUGGACGAGAUGCGCGUGGCGACGGACGACUGGGCGGCGGGCAACCGCAUAGGGUCGCGCGGCUUCAACGACGUGUACAAGGGCCUGGACCCCUACAACACGGGGCUCGUGCUUACUGUCAGCCGCGCACGUGUCCUUGCCAACAACUUCAAGAAAGCGGUGGAGCGCAUGGGGGGCGUGCGGCAUGCGCACGUGGUGGCGCUGGUGGGGUUCUGCAUGGAGAUGACGCCCAGCGCGCUGCAGAUGGAGCAGAUCACCGUCUACCCCUUCAUGCCCCACGGCGACCUCGAGAAACGCCUCCGCCCAGGUGCACAGGCGCCCCUGAGCCUGGGUGAGCGGAUGGACAUUUUGGUGGGGACAGCGAGGGGGCUGGAGUAUCUGCAUGCGAGUGGCAUUGUGCACCGCGAUGUGAAGCCAUCCACCAUCCUGCUGGACGACCGCCUGCAGGCUCGUCUGGUGGACGCUGGGUUCGUGAGGGUGGUGGGGAACGGGGAGGAGAAUGGGGAGCGCGUGGUGGGCACACCAGGCUACGUGGACCCGUCGUAUGCCAAGACACACGUGGCCACUCCUCAGUCUGACAUAUACAGUUUUGGCGUGGUGAUUUUGGAGGUGCUGACAGGUCGCAGGGCCAUUCUCGUCGUCACAGACCGCCAGAUGACCAUCAGUCAGUGGGCGUCCCAGCACGUGGACGCGAAUGACAUAGCGGCACUGAGGGACCCCGAGCUGCCCAUCACGUACGACAUGCUGCGCCACCUCGCCUCGCUUGCCCUCGCCUGCACCACCACGAUGCCCUCCCUGCGCCCGCGCCUCUCGUACGUCCGCGAGCAGCUCGAGGCUGUCAGGCGCUCCCUGCCACCGCCUGCCGCGCAACACCCCCCUGCUGCUCCUGCGGCUGCUGGUCCGACGCAGGGAGAUAUGGAGCAGGGGCUUCUGGAUGGACAGUAGGAGGGAGGGGGGGAGGAGGAUUGCGAGGGAGUGAGAACAAUGAAGAGUUCUUUAUAGAUCCAUAUGGUAGUGGAGAGGUGUGGAGGGUGGGAGUAUUUCUGUGCCGCCUCGCCUCGCUCGCCCUCGCCUGCACCACCACACUGCCCUCCCUAUGCCCGUGCAUCUUGCACGCCCACAAGCAACUCGAGGCCAUUCGUCUCUCCCUGCUGCCGCCUGCUGUGCAACCCCCCCCCUGCUGCUGCUGCUGGUGCUGCUGCUGGGGCAGCUGCUGCUGCGACUCCCCUUCAGGAAGUGGCGGCGGGGAGGUGCGAUAUGCAGCAGGGGUUGCUGGACGGGGAGCACUAGGAGGGGAAGGGGUAUCGGAGGACCAUGUGGGAAUGAGAGCAAUGGGAAGGAUUUGCUAGAUGGAUCGAGCAGUGAAGGGCUUGAGAGUUGCAACUUGGAAGAGUGCAUUGGGAAGGUCAAGCAGCCAGCACUAGUUGGACUCAGAAUUCAAGCGAGGAGAGCCCAGAGUUUAUGAUGGUGUCGAGCUUGAUGUAGCCUCUUUAGGUUUGCUUUGUUUUCCAUAACUCUUGAAUAUGGCAGACUUUGGUAAAUACUACCGUAGAUGAGUGGCGGUGUAACUAGUCGAUGUACUGUAGAGUUAUGGUUGGCGAGAGCACCAGGCCACUGCAUGCUUGCACUGCGGGAAAAUUGCUGCUGCGGACUGUCCACGAAACUUUUCAUACUUUCGUAGACAGUGUUAAAAUUAUAUAAGUUAUAAUUUAAUGUAGGCUUGGUAGGUUGUUACUGAACCUUUCUGUAGAGGGUACAAACCCCUUCUUGUACUCUUCUCUCUUCCUAAACAAACACCUUU